AUGCGGCGUCGGGAGCUACCGACGCCACCUGCCCAGCUGUCCACGGCGAAGUCACUCGACCACAUGAAUCAGUUCUUGACUCGAACGCAUGUUCGAGUAUUGUUUGGGGUGGGGAUCGGGGAUUCAAUGAGUGUUCUGUUGUCGGAUGUGGUGUCUGGUUCUGCGGUGGGGUUGCGCGGACGCCUGUGGCGGUUGUCUGCUUCGGAGUUGCGUGCCGCUGCGGUGUCGGCGAGUGCGGAGAUUCUUCGUCUCGAGGCUGUGCGGGUGGCGGUGGUGGACGAGUUGUCGUUGCGGCCGGAUGAUCAGGUGAUUGCGAGCCGCGGGGUGGGUCGCUGGUUGGCGGCAAACACGAUGCUGCAGGUCCGGGACGGGAAGAAGAUCGCCGCCCUGGGUGCGGCGCUGCGGCCUUUUCCGGCGGUGGCUGCCCGGUUCGAUGGCGGGGAUUGCUCGUUCGAGCAUGCCGUGUUGAUCGUGGCGUUCUGCGAGUCACCACCGAAGGGGAUGCCGGAGGAAGCGCUCCUCGCUGCGACGACCACGAAGGUGCGAAACGUGAUCGCGACCUUGGAGCGAGUGUUCGAGUCCGAUGAGAUUCCGCCCGCCGAGGAUGUGGAUCGGAACGAGUUCCGGAUCGCGUCGACGUUGAAUGGUCGGGUGGUGGUGCGCGGUGAUUUCGAUGCCCUCACCGGGGAAAUGUUGUUGUCGGCGUUGUCGAAUCUGACGAUGCCCACCCCGGCACCCGAUGGAACCCCGGAUUCACGGUCGGCGGCGAAGCGGACCGCGGACGGGUUCACCGAACUGAUCCGGCGUUACCUCGACUGCGCCAAGACCGGUACCGACGGUGGUCAGCGUCCGCACGUGAACGUGCACAUCAACGCCCGUGAUCUCGCCGAGCACCGGGACUGCGCCGCCGCACCCUCGCCCGAUGGUGUUGCUGUGGCUGUGUCGGAUCUCGAUGUCGGGCACAUGCCCUGGCUGGGGCCGCUGUCGGUGUCGCAGACAAGGCUUCUCGGGUGUGAUUGUUUCCUCUCGACCGUGCUGCUCGACGAUCACGGCGCGCCGUUGGAUGCGAAACCCGGGAAACGGUUGGUCUCUGCGGAGCAGCGCGUGGCGUUGAUCGCCCGGGACAAAGGCUGCGCGUUCCCUGGUUGUGCAUGUGUUCCGGCCUGGACCGAUGCGCACCACAUCCGGCACUGGGCCAACGGCGGCCCGACGGUGAUGAACAACCUUGUCCUACUGUGCCGUUCACAUCAUCGGCUGAUGCACCGGAAAUCCGGGUUCGUCGGGAAGUGGGUAAUCCGCAUCGGCGUCGACAACAAACCGUGGUUCAUCCCACCACCCUCGAUCGACCCCGGCCAGCACCCACGGCCGGCGAACACCACCUUCAAAACC